CCCCUGGCUGGACGUGCAACCGCAGGUUUAAUUAUUGUAGCAAGGUUUGACCGAAGAGUGUCUUCCUUUUCCAAUUCACUGCCUGUGAUUUAUCGCUCGUUUUGUCUUCCAUGUCUGCGAAAUCCAAUUAGUCCUCAUAAUUGCAUCCGUUGCUUUUGUUUACUCGCUCUCCACAUCUGAACUCGCCAACGGCCGCCACAAUGCACGCGUUGACCAGAUUCAGCGUUGCUCUCCUCGGCCUGGCCUCCUUUGUGCCCUCUGCACUCGCCGUACCGGGCUAUCGUCGUGAUAACUCAGGUCUCGAACCGUACAUAACCAUCAAUCCGGAUGGUGCUGCGUCAACUGUUACGCCAGUAGCCACAACCAUCAGUGGCGUAGCAACGACCAUAAAUGCCUCCCCAAGCGCAACUACAACUGGUGCGGGUGCCCAGCAGACACAAGCAGGCGGCUCAUCCUUCGACGUCUGCCACAACAAAGACGGUCCCAACGCGCCGUUCUGCGUACCUACCAACGGCACACACCUUGAACCCGGCUCCACAUACUAUGUAACCUGGGAUACAAGCGCAUUCCCCGGAAACGCAUCUGUGUUCGUCCUUGGGAAUUACUUCAAUGCCUCUGUUGGCGGCGAGCAAGCGUUUGAGUCAAAAACACUGUCGGGCUCUCGCGGGUGGUACGCCAUGAGUGUCAUAGAUGAAUGGAAACAGGGAUCUAAGGAGAACUAUAUCGAUUUGUUCCUGGCCACCGAAACAGGUGGGAAACGCCUGCCGGGCCCACGGAUAGCAAUUGGCACUGCGCCAGAGGAAGUCGAGUUCAAGCCUACGCAGGUGCCCAAGGGACCGGCACUAUACAUCGCGCUACCGGCAGUGUUUGGGUUCAUCAUCCUCUGCGUGUGCGGCGGCUUCUGGUGGAACAGACACGCCAGGGUCAUUGGGCUGGGCAACGUGAUGGGACGGAGGAAGGGGUAUGGGAUCGGGAAGAGCAGGGGCGAGCGGUUGGGGAUGGGGCGGAAGGGGGCGAUUAAGUUGCAGGAGCGGGAAGCAGAGGCUGGCGCUCCCCUCGAUGCCCAGACGUCGUUCAGGGAUGACACGUUUGACUUUGAGCAGGAGAGGCCGAGGAGGAGGGAUAGCGAUCUGGGGAGCUUGGUGAGCACCCCGACAAGACCCGAGUUCGGGAAUGGCGUGGGGGGAGGGGCAGGGGGAAGUAAUGUAUUCAGGAGUGAGAUGGAGAGGCAGGAGCGUGAGAGGCGGGCUUAAGGCUGAGGGUUGGUGGGUGCCGAGGCAAAGGCGUUUUUGGGCUUGUGUAUAAUGUAGGAUAUAUAUAUACCACUACCACAGUUUGUUCUGUAGGUUCGAUUACAUGGUGUGUGGAGUUCUACUGUAGAGAGUGUAUUGUAAGAG